AGAUGAGACCGUUUCUGAUUAUCUCUGCCCUGGUGGCCGUCGUAUGCGCCCGACCUGAACCACCCGUAGGCUACAACUACCCCUCUCCAUCCGCCAUCCCCUCCAUCCAAUACGGAACACCCUCUGGGGGUGCCUUGGGCGGCAGCCUUGGCGGUAUCCACGGAGGACUGGGAGGCGGAUCCGGCGUUUCUCUCGGUUUCGGCGCCUCCGCUGGCGGUGCUGGCUUAGGCCAUGGAGGAUUCACCUCCGGCGGAAUUGGCGGAUUCACCUCUGGGGGUGCUGACUUAGGACAGGGUGGAUUCUCAGGCGGCGCCAUAGGAUUCGGUUCUGGAGGCGCUGGUGGCUUCUCUGGAGGCGCUGGAGGUAUUGGUGGCUUCUCUGGAGGCGCUGGCGGUAUUGGUGGGUUCGGUGGAGGAGCUGGAGGUGGUGGUGGCUUCGCCGGAGGAGCCGGUGGUGUCGUAGUCCAGAAACACGUCUACGUCCACGUGGCCCCCGAGGAGCCAGAAGAAGUACGCGCUCCCAAGACCAUCCAGGUGGCCGCUCCACAGAAACACUACAAAAUCAUCUUCAUCAAGGCACCAAAUCCACCCACCCCUACCGCUCCUAUCAUCCCAGUACAGCCCCAGAACGAGGAGAAAACCCUCGUGUACGUCCUGGUUAAGAAACCAGAAGAACAACCAGACAUCGAAAUUCCGACUCCAGCACCCACCCAGCCCUCUAAACCAGAAGUAUACUUCAUCAAGUACAGGACACAGAAGGAAGCCGUUGGUGGAGGUGGUGCUGGUAUUGGCGGUGGUAUCGGUGGCGGCAUCGGCGCUGGUAUUGGUGCUGGAGGCAUAGGUUCUGGAGUCAUCGCUGAUGGAGGUGUUUCCCUAGAUGGUCUAUCGAUCGACGGAGGACAUGGAGUCGGUGGCGGCGCCGGUAUUGGCGGCGGUGCAGGUCUUGGUGACGUUUCCAUUGCAGGUCAUGGAGCUGGUGGUAUUACAACCGGUUCAGGAGUCAUCUCGGGUUCCAUCGGUGGAUCCUCAGCCGGAGUAUCAGCUAAAUACGGUCCACCCGGAUACCACAAAUAAAGAAACGAAACGAAAUUCAUAAAUUUACGGGUAUAACUGAUGACCAGGAUAUCAGUUAUUUGUUGAAAUGCGUUACUGAUCUGUGACAGAUGUGAUAUUUACACUUAACUCGAACUCGUGUCAUUUACACUUGUAUAUAUUUCAUUAGAUUUACCAUAUUUAUGUAUAAGUUUUAUGUAUUUUUAUGUUAUUUUGCUUA